CCCAAGUUCGAGCCCUAAAACCUCUCCCGCCAUUACUGCAAGUGCUCUUGAUCUGGCGGAUUGCUGAAAACCCUAAAAAUUGGUUGAAAUCGACCAAUUUUACAGUGAUAUCUGUAUGUUCAGAUUAGCUUCAAUGGCUUCCCCUAAUCAAAUCCAUGGAAUAAUGCUUGGGGUUUUUUUUUCCUCACGACUCUGAUACACCUGAAGCUGGCCAUUUUUAGGAGAUUCCAACGGCAAUAUUCAUGUGCUCUGUAUUGGAAAUCUCUGAAAAUUCAUAUGAAGAAGACGGUGUUUUGAUCUCAGAACACGAGGGACGAGUAUCAGAGAGGCAACGGUGACCAGAAUUCAUAGGUGAAAAGCAUCAUGGAUCGAAUUCAGGAAGAUCCUGCAAAUACCUUACGAAAUUGAAAAGGUAAGGCUCCACAAAGUUGCAGUGAUAUUGAUUUUGGUAAAAUUUCACCAGUGAAGCUUGCUCUUGCUAGGGAGGUCUUGAGAACAAUCUACAUGGAUUUCUCGGAUGAAUUGAAUGACUUGGAUUCCGCUAAUGAAGAACAACUUGAAAACUUAGCAAGAAAUGCCAUUUCCAAGCUAAAGCAUGAUGUAAUUUCAAGUUUUUCUGGAGGUCUUACUCAUAAAAUUGUUGACAAGAGCUCAAAUCUAAGUGACAGAGUUGGAGAGCCUGCACCAUGUGAAUUGAUUAAAUAUUUGAAUCGUAAAGAUGUUCCUAGUGGAUCAAUGUCAAAAACUAGUCAUGGACAACCAAAAGUUCGUGGGGUAAGGUUUAAUACUGAAAGUGAGGUUAGGGCUACUGCUGAGAAAGACAUACCUGGUAAUGUCAAAGAAAUGGCCAGUAAAUCAUCAAUGACACAUGUUCAAUUGAAACCUGCAAAAUUGGUUUCGGGGCUCGAGAUGCAUUUUCCUGGUGAUGGAGAGUUUCUUCUUUCUAUGCUCACAUCUGGGGGUCUACGAAGUGAAUGUGUUCACACCAAGGGUUCAUCCUUAGCAUCUAGUUGCGGGACUAUGUCUGGUACGGAUGCCACUCUAGAUAUGAAUUUGUUGGAUACCCAUUUGGAUUUAGGGUAUUCACAGUCCAGAUCCGAAGGUUUUUCUGGUAAGUAUAUUGCAAAAGAUCAACAUGAAAAGCUUAGGCCUCGCAUUCGAAAGCCACCCAUAUCAAGACCUAAAAAAGGUGCUCACAUAGAUUGUUGCGAAAAGCCUAGCCAUGGAAAUUUAAGGUUUUCCCAUUCCAUACCUCAACUUUCAUCUGGUGAAGGUGCUAACAAUGAUAUAUCUUCAGUUCCUAGUUGUGGAAACCCAAGUUCCUCCCAGAAUAGAUCCAAAAGUUCCCGCAGCAACUGUUCUAUAGAAAAUGUAUCCACAUCGCUUAGUCCUGGUGAGCAAGAGCUUGUUGACACCAGGUCUAAAGUUGGUUCUAGUAAUGCUGCACAUAUUUGUGAAGAUGUGCCAUCGAACACCAAAAGAAAGCUUCCACUGUGGUUUAAAGGGGGAUUAGAGGCAACAAGUUGGGGCAGAUGCUUAAAGAGAUACAGAGGCAAUGAGUUUUCCCCACAAGAUAGUCCUAGGGAUAUAGGGGUUUCUGAUACCAUGAACAAAAAGAAAGAUGACCUGAGUAAUGGUAUAGAGGAUGAUAAAGGUGUCUUCCAAAAGGAAGAUUUUCCAAGGAAUGUCAAAGAUGUCGCAUCAAGAGCCAAAGGAAAGUCACCACAAGUGCCUUCAGAGUUUCCUAAGAAAGUGGUUGGUACUAAUGGUGAUAAGGUUUCCUCUCAAAAAUUUAUGGACUUUUUUAUGAAUGAGGGAUCUGUGCAACCUGAUACUAGUCUUGGAGGUGCCGAUAUCUUGGAGGUGGCAAUGAAAGCUGGUCUUACUUUCCCAGUUCCAGCAUGGAGGAGGAAGUCAAAGGAGCAAUAAUUAAUUGCUGAUGCCUUCAGAUAGAUAAAAGGGACGAGCUUAAAAAGGGAGGGAUCACCUAGUUAUUAUGAAGAGGGUGGGCUCAUAAGAUUUUUUUAAUCAGAGAUAGGGUAGGCAAAAACACAUGCGAAAGAUUUCCCUAAAUUACCAGUCACUCUUUUAAUAGAUUUUUCACCUAUGGCGGAUUUCUUGAUUUUGGGGAAAUCUCGUGUAAUCUCUUGAUUUUUUUGGGGAAAUCUCGUGUAAUCUCUUUCCAUUUCCUUAUCUCUUGAUUUUUUGGGGGAAAUUUCAUGUAAUCUCUUUCCAUUUCCUUACGAUUACGUGUAGCCAAACAGUGGAAAUGCCAUAGUACCCAAACAACAUUUUCAUUUUGGAACCUACAUAAUUUUAUGUAC